AACUCUGUUUCAUUUGGUCAUUGUGCUGAAGGUCAAGAUAGGCAAACUCUGGGACUUCCGACCUUGUUCAACAGCGGAUGCUGUGCUUCCUACAAACAUCUUCAACUUCCUAGUAUCCUACCAACAACUUCCUCUGAUGAUUGACUUCGACGUUCUCAGUCCAGGAAUGUGAACCGAGUGAAGAUUAUAAAGCUAUGGAAAAUUUUAACUCAUUUUUAUUGCGUAUAAGCAAGAAAAUUCGUAAAGCUGAUUUGGAUUCAAUGAAAUUUAUCUGCAAAGACUACAACUUGGGCGAGAGACGUUUGGGUGAAAUCACUGAAGCAUAUCAACUGUUCGAUGAACUGCAAAAGAGAGAUUUAUUUUCAAAGAAGGAUUUGAAAAUAUUGAUUGAACUAUUGGAAAAAGUUGAUCGCAAUGAUUUAGCGAAAGAAGUCAUAAAUUUACGAGAGUCCAAUGGAGCAAUACCCAAUGAUGUCAUUCACAACAUUGCUGAAAAUAUAUCCACUGACUGGAAACAUCUUGGUCGAAGGCUUGAGCUGUCACCAGGACUAUUGGAUGGAAUCGAUCAUGAUUUUCGUCAAGUGAAAGAAAAGACUUUGCAAAUGUUGUCACGAUGGAAGGAGCGAAAAGGUGAUGAUGCUACCGGACAAAUUUUAGCUGAUGCCUUAGUUAACAUUCAUCGACGUGAUGUGGCUGAAGAUUUACAAGAAAUCUGUGGAAGAUUAUAUGGCAUAAUCAUAUACAUAAAUGGUCAACCCCCCUGUCAACCUGAUUCAUCUAAUUUAACUCGGCCUUCUGCAGCAAGAACAAAUCAACACAGUGGUUUGAAUACCAUGCGAGCUGAUCUUAUGAAUAGACUACCUACUCAAGAGUCAACAUCCUAAAGUGACUUUUUUUCAUUUUGGCAUUUCAGUUAGUCACUUUUUAUUGUAUGUUUCAAAUCCAUACCAAUGAGAUCAAUAAUUUUAAUAAUAGUCCAUAGAAUAUCUUAUGUCGUCUGUCUAUCUUUACAUAUUACGAUUGGCUGUUGUUAUUUUAUAAAAGAAUUAUGAUGAAUUGUAAAAUGUAAAAAAAUCGCUUCAUGUAAUGAAGUUAAUGUGUCUUUAGCUUAUUUAUUGUUUUUAAAUUGUUAAUUGAUUAAUUAAAGAGUAAUUAAAAUUA